AUGGAUCGUUACGUUUCAACCUAUCAAAAAGAUUACACCUGGCCUUAUCCAACAAGAAAAGAAAAAGAAAAACUUGCAACAGACAAAGAUGAAAUCUUUCGAAUAGGUCCUUGCACUUGUGGCAUGGAUCCAAAAGAUCUUCAGGUAGCAAGAACGUAUGGCGAAAGAUACGAUUGGAGUCGAGUUGGUCCAAUGGGACCUCUUUUCGACCCUAAACUAUACUCUGCUAAAACUGGUCCUAGUCCUGAAACGGAAGAGACACAAUUUGGUCAGCCAUAUGUUUAUUUGAAAAAGUUGGAAGAAAAAUAUCCCUAUUUAUAUGGAGUUAUAGAAGGUGGGCCAUCUGAAGAAACAAUUAUGGAAGUUGAAAAAGAUAGAAUGAUGACGACAUAUAUGAUGGAUUACAAUGGAGGUAGAAGAUUGAAAACAACUGAGAUCACCGAUGAUGAUACACAAAUUUGCGAGUCUACGAGUCUAUUAAAAAGCAUUAAACGCGAUUGCCGUCCUCACAUUCGACCUCCUUUACCAAAAUUUCCUACUAAUUUCGAUCGAAAUGGGAAAAGUAUAAUUGGUGGAGAUAGGAAACGUGGUAAAAAAUCGGAUGACACGGAUGGGCUGGAAUUAACAAUACCACCAUGGAAAUCAGAGUACCAGGACAAUAUCGGCAAAGUAGGACAUGCCAUAAUGAAGCACAAAUUGCAUUAUCCUGAACAGAAGCUCGCACCGAUACGAUUGAUAACUAAUUAA